AUGAGUGGCGUCGGUUUCCUGGCGGCCGUGAAAACGUUCACGCCGGGCGGCCGCCGGCGUAGACGCUGCGAGAAGCAGCAGAAAGUGCUCGAACUUCCGACGGGGUACACGAUGCAACCGGAUGUCGUGCCGUGCUGGGACGCCGCGCCGCCGAUCACACCGCCGGCCGCAUUCCUACCACCUGGCUAUAAAAAAGGGUUUCCAGAGCCGAAGAAGGAAAAGACUGAACAGAGUGCAAAUGGCGCGGUAUCGCCGAGCGGUGAGCCGCAAGCGAAUCAGGGCACGGCUACGACCGGCAACGUGCCGGUCACGGUCACAGCCCCGAAUUCAGGGGACCAGCAAAAGCCGUGUAGGCCGAACACCCUGGAAGCCAGGGUGGUAACCAGGAGACUGAUCUUGAUCGACAUGGAGAAGGGGGUCCUAGACCAAAGCGGCGAAAACCAGCAGGUGAUCGAGAGGUGUUACCCUCUCCCGCCUCAAAACACGCUGAUGCUCUCGGAGCUUCCGGAACCGCCGAUUCCACUGAGCGAGAUCGGGCCCAUUCCGCCCCCGCCGAUGUUCAGUUCUUCGAGUCCUACUCUGUUACUGGCCAAGCAACGACAGAUACGGAAUCCAUUGUCGUCGGAUUACGAGGACGAAGAAGACGAGGAAGACUUCGACGUGGAGGAAGAGGACAACAUGUACGUGCUCCGAAUGGCUCAGCCGGAUCCUGCGAUCGACACGUCCAGGGUCGAGGAAAUCCCAGCGAAGGAGCCUAAAUUUCAUGCGGUGCCCCUCAAGAGCGUGCUGAAGAAACGAAGUUCCGGAAGUGGACCGGGGACGCCGCAGAACACUCCAACGCAGGAGAACAGGCCGUUGACGCUUCGUCAGGAGCUACACGCGUCGUUCAAUAGUCGACCGGUCAGGUUCGGUCUCGCUUUACCGUGCACGUUGGAGAACAAGGAGAACGCGAGGCCGUACGUAAUCAGGGAGGAUGUCGAUGGCGACUCUGGCGACGGACAAGUACAUUACAGGGACGAUUACGACGAUGAAAAAAGCCGGUUGGCAGCAAAGAUUGCGCGCAAGGAAUCGCUGUCGCUGAAACUCGCCCUCAGGCCAGACAGGCAGGAGCUUAUCAACAGAAACAUCCUUCAGCUGCAGACGGACAAUGAGAGGCAGGAAACGAAGGAGGCAAUUGGUGCCAAGCUCAUCAGGCGGCUGAGCAUGCGACCAACCCAAGAGGAACUCGAGGAGCGGAAUAUCUUGAAAAAGCAAAGUCCCGCCGAAGAGAAGAAACAGAAGGAGGAGAAGAAACGAUACCUGCUGCGGAAGCUCAGUUUUCGACCGACCGUCGAAGAGCUUAAGGAAAAGAAGAUCAUCAGGUUCAACGACUACAUCGAAGUCACGCAGGCACACGACUACGACAGAAGGGCCGACAAGCCAUGGAUGCGUUUGACUCCCAAGGAUAAAGCAGCCAUUAGGAAAGAGUUGAACGAAUUUAAAAGUUCGGAGAUGGCCGUUCAUGAAGACAGCCGACACCUCACCAGCCAAACCUGCACAGCCAGAUUUUGUCCAGUGCCUGUUAUGAGCUUUUGUAAUCAGAAUGGCUACAGAGUUGAUGCAGGAUCUGCUAUAAACAAUCUGUCACAAAUCUGCUUCGCGAUUCUGUCAGGCAUGCUCUGCCUGCAAAACCAAAGCCAAAUGCGGAAACAGAUGGCUAUGGAUUUGCAGACAGAUUUCAUCACUAUCUGCUGUCAAUCUGCUGCCAACUUGCAUGCAAACGGUUAUCUGGGUAUGUUGGUUUGUUACAGACAUCGGUUAAGUUAUUCUUAA